UCAGGGUGGCUGCGUUUGACUCGCUGAACGCUCCGCCUGAGUGUAGAGGACUGACAAAAAGUCCCAAAGUUGCGCAAAAACAAGAGGAGAUGACCCCCGACUGCACAGCCAUGGACGUGAGCGCCGAGGCGAAGCGGAUCAUGGUGCAGGCGCUGAGUAAGAUGUACGGCUCCCGGUCGCAGCGCGGCGGACUUCGCCUUCACCGGAGCCUCCUGCUGACUCUGGUAAUGAAGUCCGCCAGGGACAUUUACCACUCGGCUCGAGCGGCCAGCGAGAGCCAAGACAGCCAGGAGGAGAAACCCGCUGCUUCUGAUUCCCCUUCGGACCCGCCGCGGGGAGAGGACGAGUCGAUGGACACUUCGAGCCCGGAGGUUCCCGAGGAGCCUCCAAAGUCCGCGAGCGCCGCUGAGCCAACACACGCCGAAGAGGACCAGGAGAACCGCAGCCCGGUCAGAGUGGACCGCCACUCCAGAAAACGGAGAGGGAAGACGGCCACGGAACCAGACUUCCUGCCCUGCAAAAGAGCCAAAAUGGACUCGGGGGAGGUCCUGAGGAUCCUUCAGGACGCCACACUGAGAAGUAACUCUGGACAGUGUGCCAGAGGGACGGACACUCUGCCAGGCGCACACAUGCUGAGGGCUGUAGCUACAUGCUGAACUCAGGCGGGGGAAGAAGCUCAAUGCUGGACUUUUAAAGCCCGAGCCCCGGGGGAAACGAGCUGACCAUACUUUGGUGUAGCUCUGGCUAAAAUCCUGGCUUGGCUCGGUUUGGGCGCCUCUGGGCCAGAAAGUUGUGAAACGGCGUCGCGGCUGACUCACGGAGGAGCAGCAGGGCUGUUUUGGAAACUCCAGCUAAACCACUCAGGACGUGGCCUGGUGACGGAGUCAUGACUAAGGCUAUCGCGCGGGGGUGGUGGGGGGUGGUUGCGCCCCAAACCUCCAGAUUACAUGACUUUCCUGUCUGUCAGCGUAUCUGGCAAAUAACGUCAUGGACGUUUUGUGUAGAGCACACAGGGCGUGUUUGGCACUCAACACCCCUCCCGUCCGCUCACAUCCAGUCCAGGGAGAGCGGUGACUGAGAAUAAGGAGCAAUGAAGGCGAGGUGUAAAGCUGGACCAGCUAACCCAGCAGGGCUACAUAAAGCUGUAUUUAUUUGUCUGUGUUUUGUGUAUGUGCAAGUACGGAGGCCCUGAAGUGACAUGGCCUCAGUCUACUACACGGAGGCCACACAUUAUUAUAUUGGGGCCAGGAGUCAUGAGAAACGUAGCUCGUGGUCUCGACAUGUUUAAUUUGUGGCCAUGCCUUAUUUAAAAAAAAUAAUCACCGUGUCAACUUCUAGAGGCUCCUCGUUUAAUGAAAUGAAUAAGCUGCUAAAGGUCAUUCCAGAUGUCAACUACCUCACUUUUUGUACAAUAAAUAUUUGUAUAAAAACUAA